ACGCAUUGUGGGUAUAAAGAAGACUCACGCAGUCUGUUCAUGUUGCAAUUACCCCUCGUUUUGCUGCCACAAUCAGUGUCCUUCGUUACUUCCACAUUCCCCACCAAGCAGCAGACUUUCGAAAGUUUCCUUAUCGUUAUCGGACCCUUCCUCACCACUUACUCGCCCGCCGUGCAUCGGAACCAAUCACGUCGUUGGUUUUCAAUUUUCCUCUCUCCCUCUCUUCAGAAUGUCCAGCUUCAGUAUCCCAACACUCGCAUCACAAUACAAGAUGGCUUCUGAUCAAGCAUCACCCUAUGACACCUUCAGGCAUCCCCUGGAGCUGCGCUAUGCAAGCAAGGAGAUGAAGCAUCUCUUCUCUCCCCGCAUGCGCGUCAGCACCUGGAGACAGCUGUGGAUUUGGCUGGCCGAAUCCCAGAAGGAGUUGGGUCUUUCCAUCUCCGACGAGGCCAUCAACCAGAUGAAGGUCAACCAGAUUGUCCAGGAUGAUGAGUUUAAGGUUGCCGCAAAGGAGGAGGAGAGAAGAAGACACGAUGUCAUGGCUUGGGUCCACACAUACGGUCUCUGCGCUCCUGCCGCUGCUGGUAUUAUCCAUUGGGGUGCCACUUCAUGCUAUGUUACAGACAACGCCGAUCUGGUCUUGAUGCGUGACGGUCUUGACAUGCUCGUCAAGAAGAUGGCUACCGCCGUUGACAAGCUCUCCGCUUUUGCCGUGCAAUGGAAGGACCAGCCCUGCCUUGGUUUCACUCACCUUCAACCCGCUCAGCUGACCACCGUCGGAAAGAGAGCUUGUGUCUGGAUCCAGGAUCUCUUGAUGGAUCUCAAGGCCAUGCAGAGAGUUCGCGACGAGCUCUGCUUCCGUGGUGUCAAGGGUACUACAGGUACUCAGGCAUCUUUCCUUCAGAUCUUCGACGGCGACCACGACAAGGUCGAGAAGCUCGAUGAGCUCGUCACCGAGAAGGCUGGUUUCGCCGGCUGCUACCCCAUCGCCACACAGACCUACUCCCGUAAGGUCGAUCUCGAGGUCGCAAGUGCUGUCUGCAACUUUGGUGCUACUUGCCAGCGUAUUUCCACCGACAUCAGACAUCUUGCUUCCUGGAAGGAAAUUGAGGAGCCUUUCGAGAAGGACCAGAUCGGUUCUUCCGCCAUGGCCUACAAGCGCAACCCCAUGAGAUCCGAGCGUAUGACCUCUCUCGGUCGUCGUCUUGCGAACCUCCACGCUGACUUCAUCUCCACCUACGCCUCGCAAUGGAUGGAGCGUACCCUUGAUGACUCUGCUAUCCGCCGCAUUGACAUCCCCGAGAUGUACCUUUGCGCCGAUGCCCUGCUCAUUCUUAUGAACAACAUCUUCAGCGGUCUUGUUGUCUACCCCAAGCGCAUUGAGAACCGUAUCCUUGAGGAGCUUCCCUUCAUGGCCACUGAGAACAUCAUCAUGGCCCUCGUCAAGAAGGGUGUCUCCCGUCAGGACGCACACGAAGAGAUCCGUGUCCUCUCUCACCAAGCUUCUGCUUCCGUCAAGCUGGAGGGCAAGCACAACGACCUGAUCGAGCGUAUCCGCGCCACACCAUUCUUCGAGCCCAUCAUUGGAGAGCUUGAGGUCCUUAUGGACCCCUCGACGUUCGUCGGCCGUGCUCCUCAGCAGGUCGAGAAGUUCUGCGGUCCCCAGGGUGACGUUGAGAAGGCUCUCGCCAAGUACCGCGCUGAGGGUAUCGAGGAGAAGGUCGGUGACAUUAUCCUUUAGAUGUGUCUGUAUUUAUGAAAGGACUUGUUUUCACAUGCUAUGGGACGUCAGGAUGAUUGGGAGGUUUACAAAAAGUCACGGUAGAUAUUACACUAAAAAGUCACCCAAUAACCUAAUUAUGAUCAACUUGCAAUCUAUAACUGUGUCCUCG